UCCCACCUUUGACCAUUUACACAGCCAUGGACCCGGCUCUGGAGCUAAAGAAGUCUCUCCACCACUCGCCGGAGAUCAUCCUCUACCGUGAAUGCAUGCGUAACCAUGCAGCCUCCAUCGGCGGGCACGCUGUCGACGGCUGUGGAGAAUUCAUGCCUACUCAAUCCUCUCCACUCUGCUGCGCUGCAUGUGGCUGCCACCGCAACUUCCACCGCCGCCUCUCCACGUCUUCUACUCCUGUGGAAUCCUCCUCUGGCGACGACGAUGAGCAGGAUCACCCCUCAGCUCCUCACAUGUUGAUGGCACUGAGUGCAGUUGCAGCUCCCAAGAAAAGAUUUAGGUCCAAGUUCAGCCCAGAGCAGAAGGAAAGGAUGCUGAGGUUAUCGGAAAGACUUGGCUGGAGGAUGCAAAAAAAGGAUGACUUGGUCAUUGAACAGAGUUGCAAAGAGAUUGGUGUUGAUAAAAAUGUCUUUAAGGUUUGGAUGCAUAACAACAAGCAUCACUUCUAUGAAGCAUCAAGGAGAACUGGAGAGGUGGCCACUGGUGGUGUUGGUGAUGUUCUAAAUGGUUCCAGUUCUUCUUCUUAAUUAGAUGCAAAAGGUUUUACCCAAUGGUUUUACUUCAUAUAUAGAUUGCAUGCAAUAACUAAAAGAAUAUCAGAAGGAGAUGUCAGCGUUCUUUAUUUAAUGUUCAAAUAAAACUCAAAGUUAUUAUAGCAAGGAGAGAUUUUGUUUUGUUUUGCUUGGAA